UCUCUUUCUCUUGUAGAAUUGUAUUUGCUUUGAGAGUCAAGUGUGACCCCAUCUAUCUCCAUUGUUGUUUCUUUCUCUUAUGCUCUCUACUAAGAAGAAAGAACGGGUUUGUAGUUGUUGGUUUCGUUUCUUUCUCUUUUACAAAAUUUCAUCUUCUCUCUCAGUUACCUGUUUUUUUUUCUUUUUUUCUUCUGUCUCUCUGUUUUAACUUGCCCGUUUGAAUCUAAGCCUGAGAUCUUCCUACGUUUUGAUUGAUCAGUCUCCUGGUGAGUGACCUUUUCAGCUCGAAUUCGAUUAAAAAGGUUUGAUUCUUUCUGUAGGUGUUAAUUUUUUUUUCAGUCAUUUUCUUCUUUUUUCAUUGGUUGCAGACAAAGAAGAAAAACAGAGUGAGAGAUUAGAUAGAGAAAGGGGUUUUGAUGUUACUCGUGUUUGUAGUCUCUUUCUUAAUCACUGUUUGAUGCAUUCUCUCAUGUUAUAAAUAAAUAAAACAUCUCUUCAAACUUUUUGUGAGUGUGUUUGUGUGGUGCCAAUAGAAAAAAAAUAUCUACGUUGAUCUCUCUUCCUUUUUGGAGUAUUUUUUUUUUAAAAAAAAAUUGUAAGAAGAAAAACAGAGAAACUUUUUUCUCUUGAAGACUCAAAAAGGUUCAGACCCACAAGUCUUACCUUACCUUUACUUGGUCAGCUUUGAUAAAACUAGCUCAGCUGAGUAAUUAAAUUCAUCAUUAGUGUUCUUGCAUAAAAGUCGGUGGAACCAAAAUAAAAGAUAUCUAUUUCCAUAGUUGAAUCAUCAUUGCUCUUUGUGGUAGUGAUAAUCGGGAUCUAAAGCUUUCAAAUCUUUCUCGCUGGAGGACUGUAAAAUAGUUGGUCUGGAGUGCAUUGUUAAUAUAAUCAGGGCCCUGAGAAUGGGGUCCUGUUUAUCUGCAGAGAGCACGAGUCCUACACCGGGCUCUCCUUGCUCUCCUGGCUUUGGUGUGAAGAAGAGGAAGAACUCUAAGAAGAGACUUGGUUCCAGGAACUCCUCCUUUGAUUCCAGGAGAGAAGAUUCCUUGCAUCAGGUUCCGGGUCGGAUGUUCUUGAAUGGAUCAAGUGAGGUUGCUUGUAUCUUCACUCAACAAGGCAAGAAAGGGCCUAACCAAGAUGCCAUGGUUGUUUGGGAGAACUUUGGUUCAAGGACAGAUACAAUCUUCUGUGGAGUGUUUGAUGGGCAUGGUCCAUAUGGUCAUAUGGUUGCAAAAACAGUCAGAGACAAUCUUCCUAUUAAAUUAAGUGCUUAUUGGGAAGCUAAAGUACCAGUUGAAGGUUCUCUAAAGCCCAUCAGCACCGUCAAUAAUUCCAACAACUCUGAAGAUGCUGCUGAGGAAGAACCUAAGCCAUCUGUCGACAUGGAGGAGGAGGAGAACACGGAUUCUGAAUUGUUUCAAACUCUGAAAGAGGCGUUUCUCAAGGCUUUCAAAGUUGUGGACAGAGAACUUAUAUUCAAUGGAAGCGUUGACUGUUUCUGCAGUGGUACAACAGCUGUGACUUUGAUCAAACAUGGUGAGUAUCUAGUUGUUGGAAAUGUUGGGGACUCUAGAGCUGUGAUGGGGACAAGAAACGGUGAAAAUGGUCUUGUUGCUGUUCAACUAACUGUGGAUCUCAAACCAAAUCUCCCAGCUGAGGAAGAGAGAAUAAAAAAGUGCCGAGGACGUGUGUUUGCGCUUAGAGAUGAACCUGAAGUUUGUAGAGUUUGGCUGCCAAACUGUGACUCACCUGGACUUGCAAUGGCACGUGCUUUCGGUGACUUUUGUCUGAAAAACUUUGGUCUAAUCUCUGUCCCUGAUGUAUCAUUCCGUAGAUUAACCGAAAAAGAUGAGUUUAUUGUCUUGGCUUCAGAUGGGAUAUGGGAUGUACUGUCAAAUGAAGAAGUAGUGGGGAUUGUAGCUUCAUCACCAUCACGUUCCUCUGCGGCAAAAGCUAUAGUUGAGUCUGCGGUUAGAGUUUGGAGAUACAAAUACCCGACCUCCAAAGUCGAUGACUGUGCUGCGGUUUGCUUGUAUCUAGACUCUAACAACACAAACGCCUUAUCUACAGCUUCUGACAAUGAUGAUGAAAUAGGAGUAAAAAGCGGUACUAGUGUCAGGACGAGUAAAGAGAUUGCUCUUGAUGAAAACGAAGCUGAGAGGCUGAAAAAAGAAGAGGAUAAUAUGGGUACAGAGCAUGGAACAGAGUAUUCUGCACUAGAAGGUGUUGCAAGAGUUAAUACACUUUUGAACUUGCCAAGAUUUGUGCCUGGAAAGUGAAAAGAAAGGAGAGUUUGAGGUGAAGAAAGAAUCAUAAUCAGAUAAAAAAUCCAGGAGAGAUUGCGACUUUUUUCCUUCGUUCUCACGUUUCUACAUUUGAUCUCUUAUUCUUUUCCUUUUUUGUUCCAUAAUAUGAGAUUGUGCAUUCAUAUUGUUUUUUUUUUUUUUUGAGAUUGUUAUGAUUACCGGUUCUUACACUA